AUGAACACCGACAGUCAAGAGGGUGUGCAUGAUCUUCCCUCUGCGGACGAAUGCAUGCGGUUGUGUGCUACGUUUAUCGAGUUUACGGAGACUGACAAGGCUCUGGCAAUGCUAUUUCUUCAAAAUAAUUCAUGGGACCUUGAAGUAAUUUUGAGAAGAUUCUGCCUAAAACCUCAUGUUGAGCGUCGAGACCCCGAGCAAAUGUCGUCGGAACCCGUUAUCGAUCUAACGUCGGACAACGAGGAUGUCGCAGAGGAUGAAAUGUCGGUUGACCAGCAACACGCACACCUGUUCCGUCUGCUUUCUUGGAACAUCGACGGUUUGAGCACUAAGUCCAGAGAAUUCAGGACACCAUCUGUUGUCUCACUGAUCAAAAGGGAAAAAUUUCACGUUGUUGGUCUGCAAGAAGUUGUGCGGGAGAGUUUAGCUAACCUGAAGAAGCAACUGGACGGUCUGUAUGACAUCUUCCACCCCGAGGACAUCGAGUUGAGGGACUACUUCCCGGUCAUCUGCGUCCUCAAGCACCCUGGACUGACUGUUGUCGUCAAUUCUUUCAGGGUGACACCAUUCCCAGGAUCGGUCAUGCAACGGAUUUUGUUGACUCUCGACGUCGUCAUCCACCCUCACGUCCUUCUCUCGACCAAUAAGAAUGCAGUGUUAUGUCCACCGAUUCGCGUGAGGGUGUGGACCUCUCAUUUGGAGAGCUGUGCAAACUUUGCCAAAGAACGUAAAAACCAGCUCAAGCAAGCUUGGAAUGCAAUGCAGGCUGAGAUUUCCCCAAACGCAGGAAAUGCAGCAGCGCCCACUUGUGGCAUUUUUUGUGGUGAUUUGAACCUUCGUGAUAAGGAGAUUCACCAAUUGGGAGGUUUGCCGCCCGGAAUGGUUGACGUUUGGGAGACCUGCGGUGCUCGUCCUGAAGCCAAGGCAACUUGGGAUCCACGGAGGAAUCCCAAUUUGAGUCUGGACAACCCAGAGUCGUCGUUUUCGGCAACCCCCAAGCGGGCUGCCUACGGGAUGCGAUUCGACCGAAUGUACUUACUUGGUGGGGGCCCUGGGCGCCUGAAGCCAGUCGACUUUGAGCUUCGUGGUCUUGAGCGUGUUCCCGGUCGCUCACACUUCCCCUCCGACCAUUGGGCCAUCCUCGGGCACUUUGAUAUUGUUCCUCCAUAG